AUUUGAACAAGUCCGUUAGCAACAUUGAGUGCGGUUAGAUGUGUUUUCUUAGCUAAACAAACACAGAUUUGGAUAUAUUAAGAAUAUUACUUCGUGUUCUCGCAAAGAGCGCCCUUUUCUCUUGCUAAAGCAAACGGUUUAUUGAAGCGUACUGAAAGACAAGUUUUGCAGGUAAGAGACUUCGAGCGUUGUUUUUCGCAAUAAUUACAGGUGCAUUUUACAGAUGGAGUGGAAUAAAUUUAAAUUUAGUUGAUACAUUGUUUCGUGUUGCCGCAGAGCGCAUUCAGGUUACGAACUGACACAGACCGUUCGAUUGGAAUAUUAGUUUCCCAGGGAAAAGAGAUGUUUGAGUUUCAUAACAACUUAAGCCCAGUUCACAGACAUGUACAGUGCAACAAAAAGUACCAAAGUGGAUAUGCAUGCUCUUUGUUCCGUGUUCACUCGUUUAGAAAUCGCGUGCAUUUUAACGAUUGAAGGUGAUCGUUAAAGCAAAUAGUUAACAUGUUUCGUGAGUGAAAAAAAUUGUUUGACUGAUUGUCAACAAUUUUGAGAACAGUUCGUAAAGCAAAAGCAAAAUACAAGCGCUGAAUUUGAUAAAUACGGGUUUAUCGUUGCGUGUUCGUGGAGAACACGCCUGACGGAUUAGCAAGUGAAACAAACUGUUUAAGUGAACGCAAAAAUAGUUUUGUAGAUAAGAAAGCUAUUUGCCAGAUUUUUGAAAUGAUUUCCGGAACAGUUCAUGUACAGUUUCAAGUAGAGAGAGAGGCAGUUCCCUAAACACGAAACAAAACGAUUGCUCUUUCAUUAGUUUGCCUGGAAAGAGGCUUUCACUUCUUUCUGUUACUUUUCCUUUUGUUUGUUGUUCGUUUUUUUUUUACUACAAAUUUGUGUGGUUGUUUUGAAAAAUUGGUUAUUUAUUUUUUCAUUCUGAACAAAAGGGCCAAUAUAAACUAGUAUAGCCCCAAGGAUGCCACUUAUUUUAGCCUGGUCUUGAAUAAAUGCAUCGCAGGAGCCCUUUCUUUCGCUGAGGACAUGUUCUCUGAGUGCGUUUUGUUGUGUUUGUCUCUGAGUUUGAUUGUAAAAUCGACAUUGACUGUGCCUUCGCUUUAGAAACGAAGCAGCCGUUUACGCGCACAUGCAAGUGCCUCAGUUAGCUACAAUGUGAAUACAUACCAAGAUCUUAACUUUAAACCAGUAAUGUAAAUAGAAAAGGUAAUGAAAAAGAAAAUUUUUUAUAUACUUUGAUCAAAAGUCCAUCUUUCAGCAUAGUGAUAAUUUUGACGAAAUUUAAAAUUACUUGUAGAGAACACAGCUGUGAUUUACCAAAAAGUUGGUUCGAAAACUUUUCGUCAAAAUACACAGCCACCUUAGAGGCUACAUAGAAAAAAAGAAUAACCUUUUUUUAGGAAGACUGAUUUGUCUUAAAGCGCUGCAGGCAGUUAUAAAUUGAAAAUUACUUGUAGCGAACACAGCUGUGAUGAUACAGUUUCUCUUGUUGUGUUUAUGAAAAUCAAAUAGCGCCUCUCAGGAGCCUACUGUUAUUAAAUGUGAGUGAAAAUAGUCGGUUGACCGAGGGUGUUUUCCAAAAAGUUGGUUCGAAAACUUUUCCAAUCUGUAUGAAAAAGGUAUUUUUAACUGAUGAACAUAUCGAAUGUCAAAAACCUUCUCAGUACGCUAAUGUUUUAUGACGUACUGAAUCGAGUAUGAGGAAAAAACGUAAGACUUCUUGAAAAUUGUUGCUUUUUGUAUGUAUUUUCUUGUUAAAUGGAUCGUCAAAAUAUACAGCCACCAUAGAGGCUACAUAGGAAAAAAGAAUAACCUUUUUUUAGGAAGACUGAUUUGUCUUAAAGCGCUGCAGGCAGUUAUAAAUCUCAUUUAAGACAACAAUAGUAACACAGGUUAAGUCUUCAUUAGCACAAAAUACGAAUUGCAACUUAAGUUAGAGUGCUAUUGUUUUACAUGUAAAUACAAGAAAAGCGGCUGCGUUCUUCCUCUAAAAUUCCCACCCUUAAUUAUCGUUAGCCCACACCACAAACAAGGAGUUAAAUAGAUUCUCUUAUCCAUUCUGGCAUCACAACUUUAACAAAAGAAAUAACCUUUAAAAUUUUCCAAACUUUUUUCACCUGUAAGAUUUUCAAAAGACAUUUUCAACAAAACCACCUUAAAGUUGAUAAAAGUUAGAUCGCUGACAUUUGUUUUUUCUUAAUAAGCCACCGUGUUAAAUUGUUCGCAAAAUGCAGUAUAUAAACAGUGACAACAUAAUUCAAAAUUAAUAUAGAUAUGAUAUUUUUUUUAAGAAUCUCGUUUGUCUCGGAUAAAAAUAAAUUGAUAUAGGUUCUUAAUAAUCUGUGAUGUUUACAAUAAUGCUGUAAGUUAGCUUUUAGAAAAUGCAUCACUUGGCAGUGAGGUGCAUAAAACAACUUUGGAGGAUGAGAUAAAAAUGUUUUUAAAAAAAUUAAUUUUGGACGAAAACAGGCAUAAAUGUUUCUUUCAUACUAAUGACAUUUAACUAAAUUUACAAGAAACAAAUUUAAAUUUCAGGAUUUAACAACGGAUUUUCUCAGGCCUGUGAUAUGACGAAAAUGACUGUUAGGUAAUUUGUCUAACAAUGUACCGCAUUAUGAUGAUAAUAAUGAUGUCAUUUUCAAAUCUUGUUUACUACAACUGCAAUAUAAAACAACUGAUACAUGGAUCUUAAUUUUUAUCACAGUGAGGCAAUCAAAUAAAGUUGGCCAGAUAUCUUGAAUUAUUAAAAUAGUUUAGAAAUUUAACAACAUGUUGUUCUUUAAAUAAAACUGAAUGUGUAAGUGGUUAUACCUCACUAGAGUUGAAGAGUUUUCAUUGAUCUACCUGGGACAGCUUUCAAUUGUGAACGAUUUAACGAAGAAGUACUUUCCAGAUAUAUAAAAUGAAAUUAAGUUUCAUUAGGGAACUGUAGGAGAGCUUGUCUCGAAUUAAUUUCUUUUAUACUCUCAGUAUGAAAAGUAAACUUUUAGAAACAAUCCAAUCUGGAGAACUAAAUUAAACUUAAUAAGAUAUAACUGUCACGACUAGUAUACUGUUUAUAUUAUGUCUUAUUGCAAUUGUUUGUCAGUGAGAGCUCAGAGGUAACGGCUGGUCAGGAAGGCAAGAUUCACACCUUUAAGACGAUAGAAAACCGCCGGUUUCAUUUCCAAAAAAAACAUUCUCAUCGACUCUAAGUUGGUCAUUUAACCCUAAGUAUCAUCAUAAUUUUGCUUUUUCCGUGAUAAUGGCUCUCCUUUAAGAGCAGUUUUCGUCGACCGAUCGUUAGAGACGAGAAGGAAAUAUUACAAUUUUAUCAUAAUACUCACUCAUGUAAAACCUGCGUCAGUUUCACUUGAUUGUUUUAAAAUAAUACUAUUCUCAUUAAAAAAGAUAACAGUUUGAAGCCAGUAUACGUAUGGAUAUAUGAACGAAAUUUAGAUCUGAUUAAUGAAAGAUUUAUUGAAUAAAAACUUAUAUAAGGCGGACAAUUUCGCUGAGCUUGCGAUGAAGCUGAAUCCACAUCCUUCCCUUAACAAGAAAACUGGUGCGGUAAGCUUUAUAGAAGCAAUUCUUAUAUAAUACCGUUAAAAGCAGCUACAAUUUUAGCGAAUGUCGAUCCAAGAGAAGCUGGUAUUUUAUAUUUUAUUGAAAUACUUUAGAACUUUGAAGAUGAAGAGAGUUUAACUGUGAAAAGAUAUGAUGAAUUAUCUGAUAGAACUGAAGGAAAUGUGAAUUUCUCUUAGCAGGUGAAAUAUGAGUAUUGUAUAAAAUGUCAAAAAAAAAACUUUAUCACCACGGUCUUUCCCUCAUUCCUCGAACCUAAAUGAUCACAACACAAACGAUUGAGAGAUUCUUCUCAUAUCGCGGGUCAAUUUUCAAGUUUGAUAACCUUAGCGUCUUAAAGUAGUAAUAUGUCUUGCAAUAGUUGCACCCUAGCGCUCACUGAUUCAAAUACACCAUCUCCUGUGUGUGGCAUAACUAUUUCAAGGCCGAAGGUCGACUGUGUCGAGGCAUGCUUACGUAGGACCAGAAAAUUUUGAGUACUAUAAAAAUUGAAACAAGAUUAAUUUCAAAUUUUGUCGAAAUUCUUUUAGAAUAUUGAACAGUUCAACCCAUUUUUUUCUUUAGUUUUGUCCUACACAACACAGGACACAAGUUCCAAUAGAGUCAUUUAGCCCUUAAGAAAUCAAACCGAGUCAAACUUGUUAUACUAGAUAAGAGCUGAGUGUCUUUUGUUUUUUCUUAUCUACAGUUAAUCCCUGAGCAAUGUACAACUUACUUCUUGGCCUGUUUCUGAUCACAUUCCAAGUGGGUUGCUAUGGCGCCCCGGGGCCAAGGAUGAACGGAAAACAAGUUGUAAAAAGAGCAGGUAAGUGGAAAGUACACUAAGCAUAUGCAAGAAUAACUCUCUCCAUACAAUUUUUUAAGUGACUCUCUUACUGAGUAAUUUUCAUGGCCAUUACGAUUUUCAAGUCAUAACCUGUGAAAUUUCUGGUUGUUUUGAAGAUAGUACCAUUGUAAUCUCUUCCUGUAUUUCUGAAAUGUGGGAUAUUUUGAACCGUUUUAAUUGGUCUUCAUCGGGUUUUGUGAUAAAAGGAUUACACUGUAUUUGAAUUUUCAGUUUGCACCGAAGAUCAGCUGGACAAAAAUCCAGGAUGUCUCUACUGGAAACAGAGUGGGUACUGUGAUUAUGAGUACGUGAAGGCGAGGUGUCAAGAGAGCUGUGGCUUUUGUGAUCGUAAGUGAAACCUAAUUAAAUCUUCAUUUAAUCCCUAAGGUUGAAUAGCGUCAAAUUUCCCCACACAAUAUCACUUCGGUAUCAAACAUUAAGGUUAGGGGAAUGAAGGAAAAGAUCACCAGCUCAAAAAGCUCAUUAUGAUCGUUAAAUGAACGCUCCUUGACGGUAGCAUUGGAAAUGUCUUAAGAACAGUGUGGAGAAUAUAUGUACACUGAUCUUAGGGUGUAAAAGACUAGAUGAAGUUGAAAAAAAGGGUGAUUCUAAUAUAUAAGUUUCAUAUUCAAACAAGGAUUUAGGUUAAUUUUUGCUGAGCUGUUACUGCUAGCCUCUCAGAAUCCUUACCUUAUUAUAGUCUCAUCCGUGGUCGGUUAUAUACCCCCAUCUUAAUCACUUUUUUACCACAAAUUUUCUCAUUUGUAAAUCCCCACCUAACGUAGUUUGGUUACUCCCAAAAUCUAGAAAAUGUGCAACUCCAUUCUAGCCUUGAACUCCAUUGAAAAUUGAUCCCUAUUAGGGUCAAAUUAGUGAUGAAAAUGCGACCUCCCCAUCAGCCUAUUUCUGGAAGGAACCCCCCCCCCCUCCUCCACAGUGAUAUCUCUCCAUUCAACAGUAACGUAGUUAUUGACUAAGACAGAUCACAGACUUAUAAAGAUAGGUGUCGAAAUAAGACAGAGACCUUGAACUAAUCGACUUUUUUUCUUUUUUCAGCGCCACCUCCACAACGUAAGAUCAAAUAGAAUCUUGUUAAAUAUUCAAACCGCAUUUGUUGUAAACAAAAUAUAACUCAAGGUCCUUCAUAGCUUAGCUGUUUGGACUUCUCAAGCGACACGCUCCCUUCUUCACAAAGAAUGCUGGAAAACCACCCAGCCUUCCAUUUAUUUGGAGUUCGUGUUUACAAUAUAUAUUCUCUCAUAUUUAUUAUUUAAGCUUCUAGUUUUGCAAUAAUGCUUCAGCAUCAUAUGGGCAUAGCAUCGAUCGCAUACAUAGCGGGCGCAAAAGGUGAAACAGCACAAAGAGAACCACUCUAAAACCAUACAAAAAAUGUGAGGCGGUUGAAACUUCGUUUGUCAAAACAUCAAGCUUUAAAAACGGUAGAAAAAAUUACGUUUGAAUUGUGCAGAGAGGCCAUCUUGUCGAUCCGCUUUCCAUCAGUGUUUUUGCCUCGUUUUAUAUAGUAGUACCGUCACUUACAUUGAGCCUUUUGUUUCCUUAAUAUGGUAAAAUGGCGUAAUAGAAUAAUAAUAAUAUUUCCUUUUCCUCUGAUAAUAUGAGAAGCAUUCACUCGACAAUUUCAUAACUUAAUUUUGAACCAGGUUCUGUAGAUCUCUUGUUGUUUGGAUGAUUUCCUCUAUAAGUGAUCUUUUUUAAAAUUGUGUUUCAUUUCCGUUUUCGUUUCAGCCGGUUUUGAAAUUCUUAGGAUCAUUUGAAUUUCCGUGUUUAUAGCGUGUAUAAAUAUCAUUCAUUAGAAUAUGGAACAUAUAUAAUGUUAAAUAAUAUGAGAGUUACCGUGUCGUUUUUACUUUUUUUCAUAAUGCAUAUUCUCCACAGCGUGCAAAGCAAAUGAGAACGAUAAGAAAAACGGAUGUAAAAGUUGGAAAAAUCAAGGGUUAUGUAAGAAUGGCCAAUAUCACCAGUUUAUGAAAGAAAACUGCUAUGUUACGUGUGGAUAUUGUAUAGGUAAGUGACAUUCCUCAUUUGCUUCAUAUAGAACGUUUCCCGAGAUUGGUUCCUAAAACGUAUAAACGAAACCAACUUUAUCUAAUGGUCAUGUCAGGGACAACCAUGAACACGUACAAAGCGGACAACCAAUUUGCUAUUGGUUCUGUUUUCAAUUGCUGGAGAGACAACCGUGAAUUUCCUGACAACUUCGCGAACCAAUUACACAUCGAAGGAUAGGUAAACCAAUGUUAUCACAGAUUACCUUCCUUUUUCUUUAUUACGUUUCCAAGAGGCCGAUUACUUCGCAAUUUAAUUUUUCACGUCAAGGAAAACAUUACUAUUAAAACUACGGUUUCUAAGAGAAACUUUUGCAAAACAUUGAAACGACUUGUUUACAUAAAUGACUUCCGAGAUUCGUGUAGUUUUCUCAAACCUUUGCAAACUAAGAGAGGAGUGUCUGAAAAAAGUGUGUUAUAAACCAAUUAUUGAAGUCAGGUUUUCGCAUGGAAUUAUGAAUCAUUAAACCUCGUGUCUCUGUUAUCUGCCUCAGCCUUGGGCUUCGGUAGAUAAGUCAGACCUUGGCAUUGAUAAUUCAUGAUAUCAUGUUCAACCUCAUCCAAUAAUUUUUUGAUGUUGAAAUAUGAUAGAGAUCUUAAAUUAAUCAACAUUUUUUCUUGUUUCAGCGCCUCCAACGUCACCUCCAAGAGCUAGUAAGAACAGAUUACAACUGGUUAAAGUCCUAGACCGUAUAUAUGUAAAAGAAAGCGUAACGCACUUUUCCUCGCAACCGUUGUUUGAAUCGUCAAGCAACACUUUCCCAUUGCAUUAAAAGGCUGCUGAAAUUUCCUGCCCCUCCUUUUUUCGUGAAGUAUGCGACAAAACGUAGUGAUCUGCGCUGCCUUUGCUUGGUUUGUGAUGCAACAGGCUUUAUUUAGAAUUUCAGACCAGAAUUCCCAUCCCUUUCAUAAUAUCCAACAUUCAAUAACUGAUGCUGGCAAAAAUAACUAAGCACGAUAACACUUGGCAAGAGGCUUAUGAAACAUUAGACUUAUUACUCAAUUGUCUUAUUUGAUAUAGGGGAAGUUGUUUAAAUCUAUUAUUAAAUUGAAUUAAAAGGAGAGAAGAUUCAGAAGAUUAAACCACCAAUGUAGGAAAAUGGUAACGAGCUACAAUAAAUAAGGCCUAUCAAAACUGAUAAGUGAACCCAUACACAUAUUUUAUUGUUCCUACGCUAAGCUUUGUCGUUUAACAUUUUUUCUUAAUUUGUGUUUCAGCGCCAGCCCCACAAGGUAAGUUUUAUCCAGCCAGUCACUGUGGUAUGUAGAGAAAAAGACAAACCGACUGGCAAAUAGAAAGAUAGACCGACAGACAGACAGACUGACAGAAAAGAUUGAAUGACGGGAAGACUGACAGGCAGACUGACAGGAAGACUGAUAGGCAGCUGACAGACAAACUAACCGACAGAUAGGCUGACGGAGAGACAGACAGACAGAAUGACAGAUAGACUGACAGAAUGAUGGAUAGACUGACAGAAAGACAUACAGACAGAUAGACAGAUCGACAAACAGACAGACAGACUGACGGUUAGACUGACGAACAGACUGACAGAUAGACCAACAGAGAGACGGGCAGACAGACAGACAGACUGACAGCCUGAUAGACUGACAGCCUGAUAGACUGACAGCCUGAUAGACUGACAGCCUGAUAGACUGACAGCCUGAUAGACUGACAGGCAGACAGACAGACAGGCAGACGAAGUGACUGACAAAUAGACUGACAGACUGACAAAAAAACUGACAGACAGACUGACAGACCGAUAGACAGACAGACAACCAGAUAGACUGGCAGUCUGACAGGCAGACAGCCUGACAAGCACACGGACAAACAUUUGAUAGAAAGCAAAAAUAAAGAUCGUGACUAAAAUACCACAUGAGUCCUAUGAGUGACAUACAGGUAACAUAUGACUGAAUGAGAGUAACGUUCGAAUACAUACGGAAAUUACUGAUUUUUUGAAUUGCAUGAAGAGCCAUUUUCUCCCUGUCUUGAACUGAUAAUGCGAACGCACUCUUAUGUGCCACUCUUCGUACUUGUAUGGUGCUUUUUUUUCAUGAUCGUAAAUAAACGCACAGAGAUAGGUGUAGAGGUAGACAAACGGACACGGAGAAAAACACUGUUCAUUUACAGACGUACUAACACAGAGCUGCGCAAUAUCCCACCAGAGAAAAUUAGCAAACAUCAGUCCUAAUCGUGUUCAUUAAACACUUUUGCUCGAGAAUGAGCCAAAAGAGGAUUGGAGAGAGAAAUAGAAAAGAAAAUUGAUUGAUGCCUUAAAAGUUGUGAUUGUUACUUAUCUCACGAUGCAGACACCAUAUUGAAGAUGGUAACAUUAUGAGACAAAAAACGAUAGUUUAAAAUAAAACUUUGAUUUUCACCUCACUUUCCAGUGUACGAUAUACAAUGACAUUUACUUCAAGUUUUAAGGUGAAAACCUGACAGAAAAUGUGCUUUCAGCAUUGCUUUUGCUAGUAGAUUUAACAAUGUCUUGUAUCAAAGUAACCAUAGCACAUAGUCUCGUAAUUUGUUCCGCCACGAUAUUAUAAAAAGUUUUUAAUCUCUUGUGUCCGCAUAACUCUGCAUAACCACUACUGAUUAGUGUUGAUAAUUCCCACGCACAUCUUCAGAGACUUUGACGUCUUUGAUCAUUUUCAAUAUGGUAUUCGAAUCAUUUUUGUUUUUGUUUGCUCAUGUAGUGGACCCUGAUGCCUGCCUGAAAGCCCAUAAUGAAAAACGAGCACUUCACCCUGGAACUCCAAUGCUGGUCUGGGAUGAUGCACUGGCUCAACAUGCUAAAACCUGGGCUGAUCACCUGGCUUCCAAGGGAACGCUGGAGCACGCAGAAAACACUGGAGAAGGAGAAAACCUUUAUUAUUUUGGGACUUCGGGCUCAUAUGUGGCGACAUGUGAUGAUGCAGUGCAGGCUUGGUAAGUAACUUUCCGUUUAAUGAACCCCACUCGAUUGGACCUCUAUUUACAGUCCUCCCUCGCGCCAAGAUAGCGAAAUAUUAUCGUCAGUUAAUAUUGACCUCGUAGUGAAUAUAUCUUUGACGAAUGGUUAACUGCAACAGAUUAUUUUUAGUCCGGAUAUUACUGAUAAAAAUGUUGCUUCUUCUUAGUAAAUUUUAAAGGUGAUGACAUCAGAUGAAAUUAUCGGAUUAUGGAUGUUGUUUUUAUCUACAAUCAAAUUAUCUUAUCGAUUUACAUUCAAAGAAAUGAAUAUUAGCCAUAACGUAGAAUCCCUCAUCAAAUCUUGUGCUCUUUCUUCUCGCUCUACGUCUUUCUGGACUCCGUCUUUCGCUUAAGCUGCCUAUGAAAAUUAGGCUUCUGUGUUGAUCUUGCAAUCACAGGUACGAUGAAAUCAAGGACUAUGAUUACCAAAACCCUGUUUUCAGUCUUAGUACUGGCCAUUUCACCGCGGUAAGUUGUGUUUGUUCUCAGCUGUGGGUACUCAGUUGUCAAAUAGCAUGCUGAUUCAAACACGAAGUUGGUUUUGAGUGAGUCCAAAUGGUUGUUUACGUUGCUUUUCUACAACGAUCACAGAUAAUGCCAUUAGUUAUAUCCAAUGAUGUUAUUUUCCAGUUUCUCUAUUUUUGGUAAGAAGAAAGUGGUCUUUUUAUCUAUGUACUUCAAAUGUAUGUGUGUAUUAAAUUUAUUUACAAAGGACGACGACAACCAGUUAAAAAAUGAAAAACUUGCGGCCUUCAAGUUGACAAUGUCACAAUUUAAAUGUCUAAAGAUAACUCUAGGGAAAUUGGUGCCUAAAUAUGAAAAAAAAAACCGGUUAACCAAAAUCAAAGUUUUCCCUUUUAAAACUCUACACACUUUGACAUUUCCUAAAAUUUUAAAUGCAUAAAAAUCAGUGAGGCUUAUUAUUAAAUUAAUUACACCUUUACUCUUUUUCCUUUUUUUUUUUUAAUUAGGAAAUUACAAAAUUUUGUCUGAAAUUAACCAACUUUGCGUCACUGAAAUUAAUUUUGCAGGUGGUUUGGAAAAGCACCACUCGUGUGGGAGCGGCUCUUGUGAAAGUAGUGGAUGGCGGAUACACCAAGACUUACGUCGUGGCGCGCUACUUACCACAAGGAAAUAUGAAAGGACGCUUCGCGGAGAACGUGCUGCCUUUGGCCUCAUAG